AGGUUGAAAAAUAAUGUCAAAUUUGGUUAAAGUGCUUGGGCUGCUUUUGGCAUGUAUUGUUUUGACUUUUUGUGAUGUCUAUAUGCAUAGCCCUAGAGGAUCAAACAACAGACUAAAUGAAAAAUCAGCUAAUAGAAAAACCAACAACAGAUUGUUUGAUUCACAGAACAAUAAUAGAGGCGGAUACAAUGUUGGUGACAAAACUUCAAAUGCCGCGAAAAAUGAAGCUAAUCAGUAUCGAAUGGUAUACUUCCAGAGUUCAAAAAAUGCAAAAAAUGGUAAAGGUGUUAGCAAUUUGGGAAUUGAAUGGACAAAUCAGCAUGGCUGUGGAGGAAAUGAGAAUGACAAUCCCAACAAAUUAAAUUGUCAUAUUGUCCUGCAAUAUAUUUGUGAACCAACAACUGGUUCAGAUGCAAUUACUGUAGAAAAUUACAAAAUGAGAGAUGGAACAAACUCAGACCGACAAAAUUAUCAGCCACCUCAAAAUAAUGAAAGAAAAGAAGUAUUUGAGAGCAGAAAAAGAAAUAAUGUUCGGCAGGUCAAAGGAUAUCAAGAACCUUUUGAAUGGUAUGAUAAAUGUUCAGUUCGAGAAAGAAAUAAAGGUAUUUUUACUGCUGACCAAAAAGUUGGAAAUAAUGCCAAAAAUACACGUCAAAAUCCAAAUGGUAAUCGCAAUGGUUAUGAAUGUCCUGAGGAAAGAGAUUACUAUCCAUAUUGGCAUCCUAGUGACUGGAAAGAUAUUGGAAUCUUAGCAGAAAACGAGUCAAUGUGCGAGUACUUUCAAUCAGAAAGUUUCAAUGUUAAACCUAAAGGUGAAUGUGUGGAAAAUUGGCCUAAUACAAACAUACCGAAACAUUACUCUAAAUACAACAACAAGGCAGAUUGUGAGAAUAACAAAGGUGUAUGGAAAGAGUUUCACAGUUUCUUGGAAAAAGCCAAAGCUUAUGAAACUAAGACUAAAUGCGAAGCACAAAAUCAGAAAGCGACCAACCAAGCCCAGAAAGUGGCAUACGUGUGGGCCCUGCCAAUAUAUGGUAAAAAGGAAGAAUGCUUGGUAAAACUGGAUAAACCAUUUUGUAAAGCAUCACCCUUUUCGCGAGACAAUCAUUUAGGAAACGGUGUUGAUUUGGAACAGCUUGCUGUAAACUGGGAAUUACCUUAUUUCCCAAGCAGCGUUGAACAGAGAUGUGUACUGAGAUUAAGGUAUAACAUUUCAACAGAUGAUUAUGAUCCGUAUUUUACCAAUUCUUCACAAAACCAAGAUUAUGGCGCUGGUGUCCAGUCUCCUGUACAACAAAACCCUGCUGUGGAUAUUGGUGCCCAAAAUGUACCCAUGCGAUUGGCAAUCAACACUGCGCAGUAUGGUCGAACUUUCCAAGAUCGAUCACAUGUAUUUUUAUUACGGCCAAGGCCGAAAGGUGCUGCUGCGGGUAAUUUAGACAGUGUCACCAUUAACAAUUUACAUGUUCGCGGUAAAAGAGGAAACAUUGUUCAAGUUUAUCCAGCGGUUGAAUAUGAUUUUUUUCCAACUAAUUUGGAAAUGAAGGAGGAAGAAUUGGUACACAUUCAAUGGACAGGUUCCAAUACCCAUAACAAUCAAGCUCCUGGUGGUGAUGGUCAAACUGGUGACGAUGGGCAAGGACAAGGAGGAACUGACCGCAAUAACAUGUUGGGGUUAAAAGAUCGGAACGAUAACUACCCUGCCACAAUGGAGGAUCCGGACAGUAUCUUCAACAAUGUCAAAUCUGUUAAAUGGCAGGCCCUGGGAACUGCAAAAGUUGGUGCUUUGACGGCAAGCGAUAAGAAAGAUAUUGCAGUGCAAUUUGCUACCUCUGGUUAUUAUCAAUGCGUGGAAUCAACAAAAUGCCCAAAAUCUGUCCAGACUACCGGCCAAAUGAAUAAUUUACUAAACAAUGCACCUGCGUCAUUUGGAGGGAUGUUGUUGCAAUUCAAUGCGGGUACGUUUCAUUACAUGUGCACAAGGAAUAACAAUUUCUCUAACCGCUCUCAAAAGGGAACACUAAUUGUGAAAAAUUGAAGUCUUUCACUCCGCUGAGUAAUAUAUAACAUACAAGUUUUUUUGGCAUAGAAGUUUUACCUUUUUUCUGCACUUUACAAUUCACCCUGUUUCACUUAAGUGCAGAAACUUUCCUCUUUGCAAAUUUCAUAGAUAAUUAUUCGGAGUUAACAAAAUAAAAAGAAAAAAAUGUGCAUUUAAGGAAAUGUAUUUAUUAAACGAUUUGAUAAGGAUUUUUCCAUUUUAUCACCUUUUGUAAAUGAAUGUAAUUUUUUUUAAUACCAUAUUAUAUAUGCACAAAUUUUGUAUUUUUGGAAUAAGCUUUUUGCUAUUUUUGUUAAUAUUUGCAUGCCUAACAA